UUUUUCGUCAUCUUCAACAUUCUUACAAUACCAUUCACAUAAAUUAUCUUCUCAUGAAUUUCUUUUGUGCAUUCCUUUGAACUCCAUCAAACGUUAGUUUUUUAACCUUUGCAAUCAAUUUUUCUUAAUUUAAUCUUUUCUUCACUCUCAAACUGUCAGUAUCUUACCGGUUUGUAUACACAGUUCUGUUUCUGUCUCCUUGGCCAAUGGCCACGGCGGUAGCAACACCGUGGUCGGGUCCCAUCUCCGCGCUGCGCUCGGUGCGGGCCACCGGAACGGCGUCGUCGAGGGGCCAGCAGAACAAGAAGCGGGAUGCGGGGAAUUUCAGCCACUUCACUCAGGUGCUUCGCAAGGACGCGGAGUUCAUAAAGAAGGGAAUUGGUAAAGGUGUUGAAUGGGCGAACGAGGCUUUCCGUAUUCCGAAGGUUACGAAGAAAAUCGAUGACCUUAUAUGGCUUCGCAAUCUCGAGGACCCUAAGGCUCCCGAAUAUUCCCCGCCUUCUUGGCCUCAGCAUUGGUACCCAGAACUGUCUGGAGUGGAUUUGCUCAUGGCUGAUCUCAAAGCAUUGGAAGUUUAUGCGAGUUACUUCUAUCAAUUAUCCAAGAUUUGGUCUAAACCACUUCCUGAAGUCUAUGAUCCACAGGAUGUUGCUACCUAUUUUAGCUGUAGGCCACAUGUGGUGGCCCUUCGUCUUCUUGAGAUAUUUUCCGCCUUUGCCUCUGCUGUGAUUAGAAUUCGAACUUCAAGAGUCACAAAGUUUAUAAAACCAGAUCCGGAAGAGGAUGUUGAUGUGAAAACAUCUCAAUAUAAUUUUGGGAUAGUGUUAAAAGAAACAAUGCUUAGCCUUGGCCCCACCUUUAUUAAAGUUGGUCAGUCCCUUUCCACAAGGCCAGAUAUCAUUGGUGCUGAGAUGUCCAAGGCGUUAUCUGGGCUGCAUGAACAAAUCCCCCCCUUUUCCAAGGCCGAUGCGAUGAGGAUUAUUGAGGAAGAAUUAGGUUCUCCCGUGGAGUCAUUCUUCAGCUACAUUUCUGAGGAACCUGUAGCUGCUGCCUCAUUUGGUCAGGUUUACUUUGCCCGUACUACUGAUGGAACCAAUGUUGCUGUAAAAGUUCAGCGUCCAAAUUUGCAUCAUGUGGUGGUGCGGGAUAUCUUCAUCCUUCGCCUUGGGCUAGGUCUAGUGCAAAAGUUUGCCAAGAGAAAGAGUGAUCCUCGCUUAUAUGCUGAUGAGCUGGGGAAAGGUUUUGUUGGCGAAUUAGAUUACACUUUAGAGGCUGCAAAUGCUUCAAAGUUUCAGGAAGUUCACUCUCCCUUUGCUUUUAUGAGCGUGCCAAAAGUGUUUAAACAUCUAAGUCGAACACGGGUUCUCACCAUGGAGUGGAUGAUUGGUGAAAGUCCAACAGAUUUGCUCUCCGUAUCAACUGGAAACUCUGCUGGAAAUGACUCUGUACAUUUGGAAAGGCAGAAAGUUGAGGCAAAGGGGCGUCUUCUUGAUCUGGUCAACAAAGGUGUUGAGGCAACAUUGGUGCAACUUCUUGAAACUGGGUUAUUGCAUGCUGAUCCGCAUCCUGGAAACUUGCGUUACACUUCCUCAGGACAAAUAGGGUUUCUAGAUUUUGGUUUGCUUUGUCAAAUGGAAAAAAAGCACCAGCUUGCUAUGCUUGCUUCGAUAGUUCAUAUAGUAAAUGGUGACUGGGCAUCCCUUGUUCGUGCUCUAACUUAUAUGGAUGUUGUGAGGCCUGGGACAAAUAUCCGACUUGUAACCUUGGAAUUGGAACAUGCCUUGGGAGAAGUGGAGUUCAGAGACGGCAUACCAGAUGUGAAGUUCAGCAGGGUUUUAGGAAAGAUCUGGUCCGUAGCACUGAAGUAUCAUUUCCGUAUGCCACCAUACUAUACACUUGUCUUGCGCUCCCUCGCUUCGUUCGAAGGUUUGGCUAUAGCUGCAGACCCAAACUUUAAGACCUUUGAAGCUGCAUAUCCUUUUGUUGUUCGAAAACUUCUCACAGAAAACUCAGUAGCAUCAAGGAAUAUAUUGCAUUCGGUGCUACUAAACAGAAAGAAAGAGUUCCUCUGGCAAAGGCUUUCCCUUUUCUUGAGGGUAGGUGCAACCAGGAAAGCCUUACAAUCAGUGGGAUCAAAAAAUGAGACUUCCCUUGACCAGUUACCAAAUAAGACUGGUGGUGUACCAGUAUUUGAUAUUGCAAACUUGGUCAUGAGGCUUUUACCAUCCAAAGAUGGUGUUGUGCUCAGAAGGCUUCUUAUGACUGCUGAUGGAGCAUCAUUAAUCAAAGCAAUGUUGUCCAAGGAGGCAAAACCUUUUCGCCAACACCUUCGUGACAUCAUAGCUGACGUAAUGUGCCAGAGAGUAAUUAAAUACUUCGGACAGGGAAUCAGAGUGUCUCGGUAUUACCAGGCAAUAUUGGCGAAUGGACCUAGCAUCAUGGAAUCAGGUUUACCUGCUAGAUCAUCCUUGCCUGCAUACGAUUAUAUUACCAUCUUUAAAGAUCGGCGACUUAAAGUAAUAUUCUCCAAGGCACUAAAAUCUGCGAGUAAAGAUCCCAUAUUGAUGCUGAGGUUUUGUUGGGCUUGCGCUAUUGUCACUGUUACAUCUUCUGCUUUGGCUUGCCAUCGGGUUAUAGUGUGUCUCGCUGAAGCUUAUUUGCAGCCAAUAUUUGAUGCUCCAAAGAGAUAUGCAGUGAGGGCAUGAUAUUGUCAAAAUUUUCUUGGUUUUCUCCAUGGAAGGAACUCAUUAUUGUGCAAUGGAUAUAAAAUAUGAAGGCUUCUAAUUCGCUGAUAAUGCAGUAGGGCCAUAUUGAAGUCAGGCAGGUGAAAUAGUUACAUAGGAUGAUAUAGUUGACACUUGGAAAAAGUUUUUAAUAAAAAAGAGAGGAAGUCUUGAUAAUACAAUACUCUUCUUAGUUACUGUUGAUGUUUAAUAUGGAGAAGUGUUGCACAAUACGGAUUGAUUUUGCUGCAGUCCUGAGCUACUUGCUCGACAAUUAUGUACAGCUUCAUGUAAAUUUGUAAAUUCAUAGCACGGAGACUCCACCUUUUGACUAUUAAUAUGGUAUGUGGUGGGCUACAGUAAUUGUCAAUUGUUUCUCAUAGCCCAUAACUCAACGCGGGUUACUUUUACUUGUUACUACCAACUGACCACUUCCUAUU